GGAAAGAUGGAGCGAGAGGAAACUAAAGCGCGCGACGCGACCCCAUGGCAAAGAGAGAGAAAGCUAGCUGGGGAAAGAAAGGAACCACCGCGCGUACCCCCAGAGCCCCCGGCCCUCAGCGCAACAAGAGAAGAAGCUAGCUAAGCUACUACACGAGCUAGCUAGCAGCAGUCGGGCACGCAGCAUCUAUCAGGCAGCAGGCAGCACCACAAGGGCAAGCCCUGGUCCUCGUUCUCCGCGCCCCGCGCGAACCCUAUUCCUUGUUCUUGAAUCUCUCAUCCCCAAUCCCACGCCAGUACACACGCCACACACACACCCUGCAGCUAGCUGCGGCUGAGAGAGGAGAGGAGAGAGAAUUAAUUCGGGAGAUCUCUCUAGAGAGAGAGAAGGAGAUAGAGGAGGUUCGUGUGCGAGGCGCGGGGAGAAUAGUAGACAGAAUGUUCCCUUCCAAGAAGGCCACUAGUAGCGCAGCCGCAGCCGCAGCCGCCGUGAGCUCAAAUGAUAGCAGGCAGCAGGCGAUGUGCGUGCAGGCCGACUCGGGGUCGGGCCUCGUCCUCACCACCGACCCCAAGCCCCGCCUCCGCUGGACCGUCGAGCUCCACGAGCGCUUCGUCGACGCCGUCACGCAGCUCGGUGGCCCCGACAAGGCGACUCCCAAGACCAUCAUGAGGGUCAUGGGAGUCAAGGGGCUUACCCUCUACCACCUCAAGAGCCAUCUUCAGAAAUUCAGGUUAGGGAAGCAGCCGCACAAGGAGUUCAACGAGCACUCGGUUAAGGACGCGGCCGCAGCAAUGGAGAUGCAACGGAACGCCGCCUCUUCUUCAGGCAUGAUGGGAAGAAGCAUGAACGACCGCAGCGUGCACAUGAACGAGGCUAUCAGGAUGCAAAUGGAAGUCCAGAGAAGGCUACAUGAACAGCUAGAGGUGCAAAGGCAUCUCCAGAUGAGGAUCGAAGCCCAGGGCAAGUACAUGCAGUCCAUCCUGGAGAAAGCCUACCAGACCAUCGCCACCGGCGACCUGGCUGCGUGCAGCCCGGUGGCUGCAGGGUACAAAUCCCUGCUAGGUAACCCGCAGGCGAUGCUGGACGUCUGCUCGCUCAAGGACAUGGCCCCGUCCAUGGGCUUCCCUUCGCUGCAAGACCUGCACAUGUACGGCGGCGGCGGCGGCCACUGCCUGGACCUGCAGCAGCAGAUGGAGCGGCCGAUGGAGGCCUUCUUCGCCAGCUGCGACAUCGGGUCGCUGGCCAAGAAGAGGCCCGUCAGCCCUUACGCCGACGACGACGGCGGCAAGAGCCCGAUGCUGUGGGGCGAGGACGACGAGGGCAAGGGCAUCGUCGACCAUUUCCAGAUGGCGCCGCCGAUGAUGGACGCCGCCGGCAUCGACGUCAUGGACUCCAUCGCCGACGUGUACGGCGACGCCAAGCACAUGACCAUGUCCAGCGACUCCACGGGGAGCAAGGGCGGCGGCUUCGACGUCAGGCUCGAGCGGCCAUCGCUGCGGCGGCCGCACAUGGGCGGCAGCCCGUCGGUGCUCGGCGGAGGCCAGACGAGGAACCUGUCCUACGGGUAACUAGCUCGUCGCUCUGAUGAUGAUUAACCAUCCGAUCCGGCGUGCUUAAUUAAUUAACUCGCAGUGAAACUAAAAUUAAUUAAAGCAGGCGAUUAUUAUUAACCGGUGCAAAACGGCUACAAAUAAAUAAGUAAAGCUAGCGCUGGAGCAGGCAUGCAUAAUAUAAUGGCGGAGAUACAUAUAUAUAUUUAUAGCAUAAGUGUCAUUAAUUCAUGAUCACGAGAUUGAUGAUCUUACCGUGGCGCAUCACUUGCUGGAUGAUGCUCCAAGAUAAUCUAUUUUGAGCGAGAGGAGAUGUAUGUUCCAUGUAAUUGUAGUGCUGUUGAUGGGUGUAAAUGCAUGUGCAACUUAUUAAUUGGUAAUUUUGCAUGCUGAGGAAACAAUCUUUCUUU